UCGGCAGAGAUAAGGCGCCCACCUGUCAAAAACACCGCCAUAGCACGGAGUAGUUAGUCAGAUGUAGCUAGGCUCGCAGCGCUUCGUUCCUUAGUUUCCACCCAGAUCUAUGUACUCGCAUAUCUUAGGCGCCUAACUCUCAACCAAUCUUUAUAAUCACCAGUACACGAGUAUGGAAGGGGACGGAGCAGUAUGCCUCUUCCGUCGAAUCCCGGACGAUAUUCUUCUCGAAAUUCUGAGCAGCAUACAAGACAUCCGCUGUCUCGCGCACUGCGCGUCGGUCUGCAAGCUAUGGCACCGGAAAGCCCGCGAAGUCGAAUCCGCGACGCUAAUCUGCCCGGGAAAUUUUAAGACGUAUUGGGAUAAGGUGAUGGAUAUAGUGGAUAAGCUGCAGGGAUUCCCCCGUUUGGAGAAAGUCCGCGUUCGCAUCGGGACGAACGGGAUGGGCGGGAGCGGUUCGGCGGGGAGACGUGAUAAUAGCGAGGCCUGGACCAAGUGCAUGCGCUACGCGGAGAUUGGCGCCUCUGUGGAUAAGUUCCUCUUUCUCGCCGCGAAAUCCGGUAGCGCGGAUGUUUUUUACAGUAGCAUUGGUGGGGAUGGCGGAGAGAUGGCGGAAGGCGCAGAGCGCGCGGGGGAGAUGCGGGGAGGGCCGGCGCGGGAGGAUAUGCGCGGGGAGUAUGGAGAUGUGCGUUUGGGAAGAGAAGGGGAGGAAGUGGAGGAGGGGGAGGAGGGGGGGGAGUGGGGGACGGAAGGGGAAGGGGACGAGGGGGAGGGGGAGCAGCAGCAGCAGCAGCGCCAGCAGCAGCAGCAGCAGCAGCUGCAGGGAGAGGGGCGAUAUGGAUUCUCUUUUCCCCAGUCUCACAACGCACAUGAAGCAGCAGCAGCAGCAGCAGCAGCAGCAGCAGGCACAGGAGCAGCAUCAGUGGACCUAACCCUAAAGCAGGUCAUGGGCCCCAGCGACGACUCGCUAAAACGCAUGUUGCCCGUUAUAAUCUUUGCCAUUAUCAGGGGCUUCGACGAGUUCCGCGACGUAAUUCCCUGUCUACUGUUGAAGUUACCCCUGCUGCAGCAGCUGCUGCUGGUAGAUGUAACCGACAACGUCACCAUCCACAUGCGCCCGCACCACAUGGCGCAGCUUCGGCGCGCGAACCGGAGGACGUUCGGGGGGAGCAUAGGCUUGGAAGCCCUAGGCUCGGAAAGCCUAGGUACGGAACACCUAGGUCCGGAGAAUCUAGUCUUGGUGGAAGGCAGCAGUUCAGGCAUGAGUGGUGGCAUGGGUGGUGGCAUGGGUGGUGGCAUGGGUGGUGGCAUGGGCGCAGGCAUGGGCACAGGCAUGGGUGGUGGGAUAAGCACGGAGAUAGGCAUGGGGGUUGGGGUGGGGGCAGGCACGAGCAUGGGUGUGGGCGUGGGGGCGUCAGAUGUGUUUGGGGAUGAGGAGUUCCGGCCCGAGCUGCUGGGAGAUGGCGCCGCUGCUUACACGGCUUCUCUUUCAAACUCCGUGGCUCACACAGGUUCUCUCACCAGCACUGCUGCUGCACCCAUUCCUGCAGGAGAACCAACACCUCCAACAGACUUGCCUGGACCCUCCGUUUCUCGUGCAAGCACGCCCGGAGCCGCAGCAGCAUUAGCAACUGUGUCUGCCCCGGCUGCUGCCCCUCGCCUUCCUGCCGUCCCUUUCACAGGCCCUUCUGCUGCCCCUUCGGCUGCCCCUUCUGCUGCCCCUUCUGCUGCCCCAUCCUCAGCACCCACCCUAGACCAGGCCUCUAUCGCAGAACCCCCUGCUCCUACGGAGUUGUCUAGGCGGGAUCUGUCGUCCCACCCUGACUCGCCCAAUUUCCACGUGUCCUUCUGGCGCACAGACAGAGUCCGGGUGGCGUACCCAUCGCCACGUCAGCACCAGGAGCUGACUGACGUGUCAGUCUGCGUGGCCACGCAGGACGCUGUUGCGCUGGACGAUGCUGACGUGGUGGAGCUCGCCCAUUCAGCUGUCGGGGGCCCGGUGCUGGCUGCCACCGUGGCGUUUCUCAACCGCCAAUCAGCCGUGCAUGCCCUGUAGCGGCCACUGCAGCAUGUCUUGUAGCAUGCAUGGUAGCAUGCACUGUAGUGUGCACCAUAGGUGCCCCAGAUUGUGCUGUGUAAUCUGUGCUUGUGCUGUUCAUAAUCCCCGCCGCGUCUCGUCCGUGUGUGCAGUGCAGGAUG